AUGGAUGCGACGUUGAAGGCGACGCUGCAGGCUCGAAGAGUGUCGUUGUUGGCGGCGCUGGGUCGGGCAGAGAGCUUUCAAGCGGAGUACGACCACGAACGGGACCAGAUGGAGGUGCAGCUGAGGCUGGCCCACAUCGAGGAAGCGAGCUCCAAGCUCGAGGACAUCCAGCAGCAGCUGGAGGACGACGAAACCGAUGAUGCGGGUAAGGUGGUACACGAGGGAAUACGGGCUAAUUUUGAAACGCGCCUGUUCAAAAUAAAAGGCUUCCUUCUGUCCAAACAACGUCUUAUUCCUCAACCACGCAAUCCCUCCCCCCCGCAAGCAUCCUCCACUCUCUCUGGCAUUAAGCUUCCGACGAUUACGCUUCCUGAAUUUGACGGGGAUUAUCAGAAAUGGUUGGCUUUUCACGAUCUGUUUGUGGCGCUCAUCCACAACAAUCCCGACCUUCCCGACGUCCAGAAGUUUCACUAUUUGAGGGGAGUUGUCGUUGGGAAGGCAGCCGGCUACAUCGACACGUACGACAUCAAUGCGGCCAACUACCAAAUCGCUUGGGACACUCUUGUGGAGCGCUACAACCAUAGACUAAUUAAAGACUAA